UUGAGCAAACAUACAAAUAAGCAGCCCCAUUUCUAAGGAGCCAUAAACAGCAAUUAUGGGGGCAGACAUUCAGAUCAUUUCAUAGCAAUUGAUGGGUAGUGGUAUAGUAACCUCCGGAAAUAAUAGUUUAUCAGAAUGAUCACAUAUAAAUUGCUAUAGAAUCUCUUGAAUAGUUAAAUCAAAAUGGGGUUCUUAGUUGUUUUCUUGAGUGUUUGGGUUAUAAUCUUGUCAAUAGUUGAUGCAGACAGAGUUUUCUCACUUUCUGCCUUUGGAGGGGAAUUUGCUAACGUCCCUGUUGUGCUUCCAGUUGGCUCUACUUAUCUCAAAUUAAAAGGCACAGGUGGAGGUGAAAUCAGCUUUACUCUUGAAGAACCAUCUGGGUUUUUGACCCUUUUGAAUGAUCCUACUCAAUACGUUUCAGUCGAUGCUAACGGUUUGCACAUUACUGACAGAGGUGGUGCUUCCAAAGACUUUGGUCUUGACGAGAGUGGAAACUUGAGGUUCACUGCUUCCUUCCAAGGAUGGUGGGCCUGUCCUCAAGCUGAUGAAUCGUUCAACAUUGCCAGUUGGGCUUGCAAGGAUGGUAUCAAAAUCAUUUUGAUUCCAAAAGUCAGAACUGUAGAGGAGUAAGCACCCUAUUAUGCCUUGGACACAAUUGAAAGCCAUGAAUACCAAAGCUCUCUUUGUGGUACAUAUUUAUAGAGCAGAGGUUUUCAUAUUCA